UGACACAUAGUUGAAGGAUAUGAGUUUUGAAGAAAGCAUCUGGGGAAAACUUCUCAGUUUCUUAGCAGUUUUUACCGUUAUAGUCGCAGCUAUUUUUUAUUAUCUGGAGAACACUGAUUCAGCUGAAUUUCCAAGGAUGGAUGUACCCGUUUUGGAGGAAAGUUUCAGAGGGAAAAAUAAAAGCUGUUUUAUUCUUGGUGCCUCUGGAGAGACAGGGAAGGUAUUGCUACGUGAACUAGUUGAGCGCAAACUGUUCACUAAAAUUACACUCAUAGGACGACGGCAGUUGACCUUCGAGGACAACGCAUACGAGAAUUUGGUUCAGGAGGUAGUAGAUUUUGAAAAGCUGGAUGACUACGCUGCAGCAUUUCAGGGACAUGAUGUUGGAUAUUGCUGCUUAGGAACAACCAAAGCCAAAGCGGGAACUGAAGGGUUUAUUCGUGUGGAUCAUGACUAUGUACUCAAGUCAGCAGAACUUGCAAAAGCAGGAGGCUGUUCCCAUUUUCACCUGGAGUCUUCUAAUGGAGCAGACAAAACAAGCAGUUUUCUCUACCUCAAAGUAAAGGGACAGGUAGAAGCAGACAUCGAGGAACUGGGCUUUGACCGAUUUUCCAUUUAUCGGCCUGCAGUGCUCCUGGUGGACAGGCAGGAAAGGCGGCCAGCUGAGUGGAUGGCCAGGAAGUUCCUGGGUGCUCUUUCCUCAGUGUUUCCCACAGCAAUGUCCAUUCCUAUCGAAUCAGUGGCCAGAGCUAUGGUGGCUAACACACUCAUUGAGGGACAGAAGAAAGUGGAGAUAUUAGAAAACAAGGACAUCUACAACCUUGGGAAGAUGGGGGGAAAAUAAACAACACAUGCUCACUGCACUUUUACUUGAUAUCUGCUAUUGCAUAUUUGCUAAUGUGAUAUAAUUCAAUUUAAAAACAAGAUUACUCUGCAGUUGUGUUGCCACUGUAAAAUACUGUGUGUUUACAAUGGGCUUGUUGAACUUGUCUUUUUAAAACAGAGUUUUGAUUGGACAAAAGCAAUAUAUUUCCACUACAAAUCAGAAUGACCUUAUUUAAAGAAAUCCCUUUUUCAAAAAUAUUUUAUACAUAGUAUUAGUGUAGUUAUAGAGCAGUUUUGGCAAUGAAGAAGGGAACACAGAACUCUGUGGAUAUUUCAUUUUAACAACAUUUAUACCUUAUGUUAAGCCUUUUUUUCUAUUCUGGCCAAAAAAGCACUGCCUUACCUCAGUGAGGGAACAGAUUGUAUUGUAUUAUCAGAGCUUUUAGGACAUUUAUCCAUAAAUUUGUGUUUCUGUGCAUUGUAUCAGGGACAAAUAAACAUAACUCUAUUCAUGUUUCAUUUGAACUCCAAUGUACUUCUAUGCAUAAUUUCUAACAAAUUAAUGCAGUGGUUAUCAUUUGACAUUUGCAAAAUGCUCCAAACAUUUUUUUUUUGCCAUAUUGAUUAAAAAACAAUCUGCAAAAUGUGA